AUGUUCACCGAGACAUCAAGCGUUAUGAGCGUUGGUGGGAUAGAAAUUCCAUCAUUAAACGGAAAGACAUGCACCGUCCACGCCCUCGGCGCCCUCCAAGACGACGUCCCAAACAUCCUCUCCGCCUUCACCACCUGCAACAACGGCGGCACCAUCAUCUUCCCCUCCACCGAAAACUACUACAUAGCCUCUCAACUACACCCUAUCCUGUCGCACGUAACUAUCGAAUGGCGCGGGACCUGGACAUUGUCCGAUAAUCUAACCCAUUGGAGAGACACGAACAACACCAUUCCGAUACAUUUUCAGAAUCACCACGCCCAGUUUACGAUCUCGGGGGAUCAUAUUCAUAUCCAUGGACACGAUACGGGGCGGUUGGAUGUUAAUGGGAACGCGUGGUAUGAUGCCGAGCAGGCUGUCACGCAGCCGGUCCGACCGAUGAAUUUUGUGUGGUGGAACGCGAGUGAGGUUUUGGUUGAGCAUUUUUCGGUCAUCGAUCCUCCGUUGUGGUCUAUCAACUUGAUGAAUGUUUCCAAUGCUUGGUUUCACGACAUUUAUGUUAAUGCCACGGCCGUCAAUGCGCCGUACGAUGCUCUCUGGGUCCAGAAUACGGAUGGUUUUGAUACACUAGAUUGUAAUAAUGUGAAAUUGACGAAUUUCGUGUAUCAAGGUGGUGAUGAUUGUAUUGCCAUCAAGCCGAGAUCGUAUAAUACCUACGUUCAAAAUGUAACUUGCCACGGCGGCAAUGGGAUAGCAAUUGGAUCUUUGGGACAGUAUCAAGAAGACUCCUCUGUUAUCAAUGCUUGGAUCAAGGAUGUCAAUAUCUUGAUUCGUAAUACUGAUAUGCAUAAUUCGGCGUAUAUCAAGACGUGGAUGGGAGCCUCUCUGCCUCAAUCUAGCUAUAAUAGUGCUGGUCUUCCGAAUGGAGGCGGAUGGGGUGUUGUGCAAAAUUUGCGUUUUGAGAACUUCUGGGUUCAAGGAGCAGCCCUAGGACCAAGCAUCACGCAAGACAACGGCGACAACGGAUCCUAUGCCGGGACAUCCAAGAUGGAGAUCUCUAAUAUCGCUUUUGUGAACUUCACAGGCUAUACUUUGGCAACGAGCAAUGAAACAGCUAGUAUCAGUUGCAGUAAUGUGCAUCCAUGUUUCAAUAUUGCGUUGCAAAACGUUACGCUGGCGCCGAGUAAGAAUGGCACGGAAGUAGAGGCGUACGGAAGUUGUGAUUAUACGGCGAAGAAUGGGGUUACGGGGAUGAUUGGACAUGGAUGUUAG